CCACCCAAUUAGUUCAAAUUUGACUUUUGCGCUAACGAACGUCGUGGAAAACGCAAAGAACGCGCAAAAAGGAAAAAACCGACGCUACAAAUUUAAUAUUUUUUACAAUUUCAAACAAUUAUUUUAUGCAAAAGUGAUAAGAAUGGUGGGCUCAACACAACAACAACAGAUGACAACAAUGCGCACAAGCGCCACAGCCGUGGCAGCAGCAGCCUUGGCAAACAACAAAGGACAACAGGCAGAGAAGCAACAGGCGCAACAACAACAACAGCAGCAACAGCAACAAGUGAGCUCGAGUUUGUUGGAAAUAAUGGCGAAAUUGCAAACGGAUUAUGGCAAUUACAAAUACACCGUCUAUCGCUGUGCCAGUAAAUUUGUCGCGCUACAGAAAAUCUUUCACACCAGCAAAAUACCCUAUAAAUUGGUCUUGGCCAUUUUGGAGCGUCACGGCAUGAACGUAACCGGCGGCAAUUGCAACGUGCAGCUGAUGGUGCCGCCCUUCCAGUUGACAUCGCUGUUGCAUGACAUUUAUUUCGCAUGCGAGAAGUUGGGACAUUUUAGCAAAACGCCCAACUAUCAGCUGGACACAGCCAGCGGCAUUUUGGCCAAUUUCUUUUGGAACAUUUACGAUCCCCAACGACGCCAUUCGAUCUCGCUGCUCGAGAUUAAGGUCACUUUUUUGCUGCUCUGCAAACUUUAUAGCAGCGAGCACAUGGUUGGCGAUUUCUUUCAACUGCUCGUCGAUGUCAAGUCACAAUGUGUCUCGCGCUACACCUUCGAGCAGUUGCUGCUCACCAUAAGCAAACUGUUGAGCUAUCUGGGCGAGGGCAAAGCGUAUGGUUCACAUAAUUUGCCCACUGUGAUGGCACAAUGUUUCGCUCGGUGUCAUCAUGGUGUUGCCGGUUUGACGGAGCAACAGUUUCACAAUUUGUGGACACAAACGCAAACACGCUUCCUCAUUUAUGGCAAUCUAUUAGCGCUGGUGAAACGCAUCGAGGAUACCGAACAUUUGAUACACAGCAAUCCCUGUGCCGGUUGUCGCAUGCCACACAUCAUUGGCAUACGCUUCAAGUGUCAACUUUGUCGCGAUGUUUCGCUCUGCAUGCCGUGCUUUGCCGCCGCUGUGCCUGUGGCCGGCAAGCAUGAGUUGUCGCAUCGAAUGUGCGAGGUCUUUGGCGAGGAUCAGCCGCGUCCCAAGCGUUGGACACACUAUUUGGCACGGCUCUGCGGCUGGUUUGCCUACGCCAAGAAGUCGCAGCGUGCUGCCGACGAGGAGGAGGAACGACGUGGCUUUUGCAAUGCCCAGGAGAGUGGCAACGGCGUGGGACAAACAUCCGGCAGCAGCACGGCCACCGAAUUGGCCUCGAUUCCGGUGGAGACGCGUAGCAUGCGCAGCAAUUCGACGCUGCGCUUGAAGUCGCCGAGCAACGAGAAAACUGAGAAGGCUGAAAAAGCUGCACAACCGCCAACUCAACAGGAACUCUGCUCUUUGACUGGCCUCGCUAGCAAUGCCUCAGAACGUUUGCAGUCGAUCAUCGAUCGCGUUUUACAGCAAAAUGCCAAACUGGAAACGCAGCUGCAGCUGCUGCCGAGCACAUCGAGCGCUGAAAUUUCCGAUUUCCUCAGCGCUCAUCAGCGUUUUCUGCUGCAAAUCAUUGAGGACAUGCGACAGCUGUCGCGCGCUUCAUCAGCUGCGCCAUUGGUCAGCUCCACAUUCCUGAAUGCCAGCACUCCUCAACGUCUGCCCCUGACCACAACUCAACCCCCCAUCUAUGACAUAUAUGCUCCAGUGGGCGCCAACUUGACGCACUCCAUCAACGGCGCUGAAUUAAAUCGCACCUAUUUGGAGGCCAACAAAUCGGAUUAUUCACUGAGCGAUGUUAGCUUGUGGUUCGAUCAGCGUCGCUCGAGUGUUCUGCAACCGCCUCCGGGUUCGCAGCCAGCGCCGUUGUCGCUGCCCAUGCCGUUGGGUGCGCUGUUGGAGCAGUCGAUCAAUGUGGAUAUGCGUGAUACGGAGAUGGCCAACUUUAAGCUGCUGCUGCACAAGGUCAAGGAGAUCGUUGAGGAUUCGUAUAGCGACAAUGCUGAACUGUCGGCGGCCACACAAAAUCUGGAGAAUGUGCUCGACAACAUCAUCAAGACCGAGGAGCAGCAACGACGCAGCAUUGGAAGCACGAAAUUGGAACAAGAUGUGUGAA